AUGGUGUGGGUGAGAUGUACUGAUGCCAAGUACUGCUCCAACGAUGGUGUCAUGAUCAUAAUCACAGACGCAGGAGUAAGCGGCAAUAUCGAGUUCAUUCUCAGUCAGCAUGCCUUUGCAAGGAUGGGCCAGAAUGCUGAUUUAGGUGCAUCCCUUCUAUCUCUUGGUGCGGUCGGCAUUGAGUACCGGAGGGUGUCCUGCAGCUAUCCAAGCAAGAACAUCACCUUCAAGAUUGAUCAGAGCAGCAACCAUCCAUCCUACUUUGCCUUCCAAAUCUGGGAUCAGCAAGGAAACAAGGAUGUAACUGCUGUUCAGUUGUGUGAGACAGAGAACUUGACAUGCAAGCUGUUGGAAAGGAGCCAUGGAGCAGUGCGGGCAGUAGUAUCUCCACCAAGUGGGCCUCUCUCUGUAAGGAUUUUACAAAGUGGAGGUGAUGAUAGAGAUGAGACAUGGGUUGUGCCUCCCAACAACAUACCACAGAACUGGACUUCAGGGGCUAUAUAUGAUUCUGGAAUACAAGUGUAGUUGUGGUAGUAAUAGCUACAUGCUUUUCAUAUUUCUGUGACAUUUUUUACCAGUCAAUAGAAUCAACAACCCAUUCAACAAGUUUAAAUAUAUUGUUCUGUUCAAAGAGAAAUCAUAUCCAGAAUUACUUUACUUGCAUGACAAACUCAAAUAGUUGAAUAAGGAACAUGAAAAACUGGUUGUGGUUUAUCACAUAUUGAACAAUAUCACUGUGUGGGAAGACAACAAAAACAUAUAGUAAAGAGCUUCUCCACCAGUGAUUAGAAUGUCAAAGAAACAGGAAAAGAUAUUUAGUAAACCGGAAUAAGAGAUCGAGUCUGGAUUUUCAUUAGAAACUGAUCAAAAACUUGUGUAAAGUCAACAUCCCCAACAGUUGACCUUUCCCAUAUGGUCAUCCUUCAAAUAACAAAAAAUGGCUUACUUUAGAACUUACCAACAUAUAAUAAGAUCACAUAUGACGAUAAAUAGCGAAAGAAAAAACCAAAAUAAUAAAUUGCUAGAUGCAACGCAAUGAUCGAUGCGUCCAAGACCCCCUUUUUUUGUUCUCCUUAUAAUAUCAAAGAACAUUGCUGAAAAGAAGUCGUAAUAUGAGAGUUCACGGAGGAUGAUCAGAACAUUUCGGGAUAUCACGAGCAACAUCAUGGAUAGAUGUCAGUGGAUUGACAGACCAUGAAUUUUCACAUCACCUCAUUCCCCCGAACCAACAAACUCAUCAAAAUCGGAGAGGAAUCUGAAGAAAAUAAUAAUAAAACAAAUUAAAAUAAAUAAAAUGACGGCUCGGAACUUCUUAGAGGGUUUCUGUCGCCGUCAGCGAUGGACGGAUCCAUCUCCGGCAGAUAGUUUGGGUUUCUUCAUAGCCAAAAUAUUAACGAUCUAGAAAAGAAGACGAAAGAAGAGGAACGGAUGCGGAAAGAGGUCGGCGCACAUGCGAGGAGCGUAAUCCAAUCGUGGUUAUAUAGCGGAGAAAGAAGAGGAAGAGAAACCCUAGA